AAGCUUAUCUAAGCAUCAAUAAUGAUCACUUCUAUUGUCAAAGUACAGAUUGGAUUUUGGGAUAUCAACGUCUCUCAUCAACUGUGAUCUGAUAUGUCUUGACAGUUUCUAACUAAUAUUCCUCUACGACUUCACAACCCAAGUACCAAGACGGAAGAUCAAUUCCAUCCAUGAUCCAUCAGUAAGUAAUUCAUGAAUUAAUCUAGCGUUCCUCCGUACAUUCCUCCUCCAAUCCACAAUUCUAAUCGGGAUAAGCUUUAAGCGAAUGUAACGGUAAGACAACGAGAAGAAACAUCAAGCCAUCCUCCCAUACAUCAAAACGUCCUUUGGAAUUUCUCCGACCCUCCCACCUCCUUCCUUGAAACUUCACCACCAUCAACUUUGGGAGGGCUUUUGGAAAGCUUGUAUCGUGGGUGUAACUAUGUGUACGUACGACGACCAACAACCAACAAUUAUGAUAUGGAUAUGAUAUGGAUCUGAUAUGGAUAUGAUAUGCCAAUGAAAUGGUCAACGUGCUUGAUCGUUCAUCGGAACUUAUUGACCAACUUAUGACUCGGGGCUUCUAGGGCUCAUUGUGACAGCCGUUAGUGGAGAUGCAUCGAUCUUGUGGGGUAAGCAAACUACCAUCCUUCUUUCUAUCAAACUACCGGUAUCAGUAAAAGGCUAUCAGUACUGACUGGGUCGUCGUGACGUUCCAUACACUAUCAAGAUGAUGGAGGGGCAGAAUGAUAGAGUCAAAGGUCACAAUACUUGAAUCGGUCCAAUGAACAACACCAUCAUGAGAACUUUCUAUCAAGGUUUGUCGAUGAAAGUUUGCAUUUCCUUGUUGUGAAGCAUGGAAGCUAAUGGCUUGAUGCCAUCAUCCUGCGACGAAACCCAUAUCAGUAAGGUACGGCAGGCACGGCAAUCCAUUUGUCCAAUUUCUUUGAUUAUCUACAAGGUAGAUAAUCUUCGGUUUUAUAUUCACUGUUCGCAUGCCGUAUACUCCAUCUCUGCGGGAAUAUAAUCAUACCUAAACUUUCUGCAAACUUACAUUACAAUCUACAAACACCUACAUACCUUAAUAUCCACACUUCAGAAAUCCUCAUAACUUCCUACAUUAAUUCAAAUACAAUCAAAAUGAGAUUCAUCAUCAGAGAUGGCAGAACAGAGGCAUCUGCCUACGUUGCGCAGUACAUUGUUGAUCGUAUCAACGCUUUCGGACCUACCCCAGACCAUCCGUUCGUUCUUGGUCUUCCUACUGGUUCCUCCCCGAUUGGCAUAUAUAAGAUUCUCGUCGAAAAGUACAAGGCUGGUGAAAUCUCAUUCAGAAAUGUUGUCACUUUCAAUAUGGAUGAAUACAUUGGUAUUCCACGCAACCAUCCAGAAAGCUAUCAUACAUUCAUGUACAAGCAUUUCUUCUCCCACGUUGAUGUCCUUCCUCAAAACGUCCACAUCCUAAAUGGCAAUGCCGAGAAUCUCGAGGCCGAAUGCGUACAAUAUGAGGAAGCUAUCAAAGCAAAGGGCGGAAUCGAUUUGUUCCUUGGCGGAAUUGGACCAGAUGGACAUAUCGCAUUCAAUGAGCCUGGAUCUUCCCUCGCAUCUCGUACAAGAGUCAAGACUUUGGCAUAUGAUACAAUCAUUGCCAAUUCCCGAUUCUUCGAUAACGAUUUGGAAAAGGUUCCAAAGAUGGCUUUGACAGUGGGUAUUCAAACUAUCUUGGAGGCUAGAGAAGUUGUCAUCAUUAUCACUGGAGCACAUAAAGCUUUGGCUUUGGCAAAAUGUAUUGAAGAAGGUGUGAACCACAUGUGGACCCUCUCUUCUUUACAGAUGCAUCCACAUCCAAUGAUCGUUGCAGAUGAAGAUGCAACACUUGAGCUUCGAGUUAAAACAGUCAGAUACUGGAAAUCAAUUGAGAAAGUCGCCGCCGAUGAAGGUUUCGAACAAAUCCUUCCAUCUGCUGCUCGUACAGGCCCCAAGCGUACUGUCCCUCUCGCACCUAUGGCAGAGAGCUUAAUCAAAGAAACACCUACCAUCAAGUCUCCACAACCUCUCACAAGCACUUUCUUGGCUGCACCAGCUACCGAGUAUCCAAUUCGCAGAAGCAUUACUCCAGAUCUAAUUCCUGACCGUAUGGGAAGCAGAAUUGUAUCGGUUUGAUACUGCGGUUAGUAGUUUGGGUACGGAUUCGAUAAUAUUGGGCAUGGGAGGAUCAAAUUGGGUUACAUGGACACGAGAUAACAAGGUCUUCUCUUCGUAGCGGAAUUGUUAGUCUUUACGGUUUUCGGGGGUAGAUCUCCGCAACGCUUUUCUACGUUUCUCUUCACUUUCUUCUUUGGACUAUACGUAUCUUUGCAAGAUAUCAAGUCCUUUCUGCUUCUUUUGUUUUUAUGGCGAGCGAGACGGAAGUUAUUUACAUUAAAGUAAACUCACCUACACUAAAUUUCUAAGAUUCCCACGAAUCCUCUGUAUUACUAAAUAGACAAGAUGAGGGUCAAUGAGAAAUGAAUAAAUGAAUAUAUAAAUUAAUAAU